AUGGACGCUCAUGUGGAGUCAGUUCGUGCUCUGAAAGCGAAAUUGGCGGAUCUUUGUGGCAGAUUUGAGGGGAGAGUUACAAGAGCUCUAGCAGAACCAGUCAAGGAGAUCCUACGUUCAGCUCGAUCUAACACCUGGGAAGUUAUUGAAACGCUUCUUGUAUGCGAGACAAUAGCUGCUGUUGCGGAUCUUAAAUAUGGUCUUUCAGAUUUGGGGCUCGAUGAAGCUACAGUGAAAGAACUGCUUUCAAGGCUGGAAAAUCAUGGAAGGAGCGUUGUUGAAUCACAGGCAACAAAAGAAGCUGCAACUGUCUCAAUCCGCAUGAAAGACAGGUUCACGAAAUUAUUCAAUGCCGAUAUGUCAAGAGUACGGAAUGGAAAAGUAGAUAUACAAGCAAUUACUGAAUCUGCCCGCGAUGAA